GAGCUGAGCUGCAAAAAGAGUUUUUCCAACGACACGUUGGGCACCUUCUUCUCUCUUUCGUUCCCAGUGAUUGAUCGGAGAUUCAAAGCCUUGACGACUUGUUCUUCCACAUAAAAAGUUUUGGAAGAGAGGAAGUGCUUCAGCAUUUUGUGGAUCAGAAUAAGUUGUGAUAUGCAAGGAACUGGUCGAUGAUGUCGGAUCUAGUUGACUACUUUUCAUUUGACUUCCUCUCUUGAGAAUAGUUGGCUAACAUGUAUUCUGCUAGUAGCUCUAUUAAUGGGCAAAAAGAUGUAAGAGUUCAGGGGCAAAGCUCUGAUUUGGCAAACAGGAAAAAUUUUGGGAUGAGUUCUUUACCGAAGAAUUUGAAGGGAAAUGACACCAUCAAUGACUCUCAGGAUUGUGAAGCUAUGGAACUAUAUUCACGUGCUAAAGCACAAGAAGAAGAAAUUCUAUAUCUUCGGGAACAGAUUGCUCUUGCCAGUGUUCGGGAAUCACAGCUCUUGAAUGAGAAAUAUGGACUUGAGAAGAAAUUUUCUGAACUACGCAUGGCACUAGAUGAGAAGCAGAACGAAGCUAUAAUAUCCGCCUCAAACGAACUGACCCGCAGGAAAGGUGAUCUUGAAGAAAACUUAAGAUUGGUGAAUGAGUUAAAGGAUACAGAGGAUGACAAAUAUAUUUUUAUGUCAUCCAUGCUUGGAUUAUUGGCCGAAUAUGGCGUCUUUCCUCGUGUGGCUAGCGCCUCUAGUCUGACCAACAAUGUGAAGCACUUACAUGAUCAAUUGGAGAUGAAGAUCAGAACUUCACAUGCGAAAAUUGCACAAUUAAAUUCCAUGGCGACAAAUCAUGCUAGAGGUGGAUCUUUUGAUAUGGAGUUACCUCAUUCUAGUUCCAUAAACAAUCAACUUCCAAGUGGUUCUAUGGGUAUGAAUGAAUAUCCAGCCUUUAAACAGUACAUUGAUGGACAACAUAAUGAAGCAGUUGCUACUGGAUCAGGAGAUGUGCAAGCCAGUAAACAUUUGCCAACUGAAAGUUUGCGGUUCAAUCGUGAGAGGCAUCAACAAGCAAAUAUUGGGAGUCAUUUGGAAAUCUCAUCUAAUACUGAUAGGGAUGUUCCAGGUCCCGCUAAAGAUAACUUGUUUGCCAGAAAUGGGGUGAAUGAGAGAUUUGAAGAGAGCAACAAUGAAAACCGUCAUAAUCCUCCUACAGUGGGAAAUGAGAUUGGUGGUUCUUUUAGUUCGGAAGGGGAAAGUCCUGGAAUAGAAGUAUUUCAAAUAGUCGGAGAAGCUAAACCAGGAUGUAAACUUUUGGGUUGUGGGUUUCCUGUACGUGGAACUUCUCUUUGCAUGUUCCAGUGGGUGCGUCAUUAUCCUGAUGGUACAAGGCAGUAUAUUGAGGGUGCCACAAAUCCUGAAUAUGUAGUUACUGCUGAUGAUAUUGAUAAGCUUAUAGCUGUCGAAUGCAUACCGAUGGAUGAUCAGGGACAUCAGGGGGAGCUUGUCAGGCUUUUUGCCAAUGAUCAAAACAAAAUAACAUGUGACCCAGACAUGCAAUUAGAGAUCGAUACCCAUAUUACUGAAGGCCAGGCCACGUUUAAUGUUCUCAUGCUUGUGGACUCUUCUGAGAACUGGGAACCAGCUACUAUAUUUUUGCGGCGAUCAAGCUUCCAAGUAAAGGUUCAUAGAACACAAGAUGUUGUAAUAGUGGAAAAAAUUUCCAAAGAAUUGUCGAUCAAAAUUCCAAGUGGGCUAUCAACGCAGUUUGUUAUCACAUGUUCUGAUGGGUCUUCACAUCCCUUCAGUACAAACAACGAUAUAAGAAUGCGUGAUACUCUUGUGCUGACGAUGAGAAUCUUCCAGAGCAAGGCAUUGGAUGAGAAGAGAAAAGGGAAAAUAUAAACCUUUACUUUCUGUAUAGGUGCAUUAUUUAUGGCCAUUGUCAUUCUUUAUAUGAACCAAUAAAAAAGUUAACAAUAAGCAGCAGGCUUUUGAUCAAGAGUUUUGAGCUACUAGGAGAAAGAUACUCUUUUUCUUCUUUCUAAAUCUUGUAGUUGUAAACUUGUAACUUUAUACGGUGCUUAUGCACCAUGUGUUGUAUCAUUGUAUUAGAUCGUCUUUUUUGCCCCUUUGGCUUGAAUUGUCUAUUUUUCUCCCUGUACUUGUGAGAAAUCAGAACCAGUGGCUGAUUGAUUUUAUUAAUUAAAUCAAUCAUAUCAAAGUCAAUAGUUGUGCCAA